CCGCCGCGACCUGAAACUCGGAGGCUGAGGUAAUGUAAGUACCCUCUUGUUCGGCGAAUGCAAGUGUGGUGGGAUCUGCCCAUUUGUUUUGUUGUUCGCUGAAAGGAAGGAUGCCGCCGAUCGGCGACGCUGCUUUUCCACGACACACAUCGAAACACACAUCGGACAGCGUUGCAGGUCUUCCACGCAGAUAUGCUCAGAAUGAGGCUCUGAUCCCGGUGUGUUGAGACCAUCUGGUUAUCUUCCUAUCCUCCCCAAACCUUCUUUCGGUGCCUCUGGGUUCCUACUAUAAGAGCAUACCGCUGUGAGAAUCGUCCAAAACCGACGAAGCCUUUCGCCGUACAAUUGUUGCACCGUAGCUCGUUCAAAGUUGUGUCUACUGACAUGCUUGCUCAAAUCACCGACGUUUCCGGCAAGGAGUUUGACUACAUCAUCGUCGGUGGAGGGACCGCCGGGCUCGUCGUCGCUGCACGCCUUACCGAGGAUCCGUCAGUCCGUGUGCUGGUACUGGAGGCCGGGGAAGCGAACCUCGAUGACCCGAUGACAUUGAUCCCAAUGCAGGCCGUGAGGCUGUUCAGCAAUUUGAAGUACGAUUGGGCAUACAAGACAGUCAAGCAGCCCCACUCGAACAACCGCGAAUAUGUGUGGUCCCGAGGAAAGGGGCUCGGCGGGAGCUCAGCGAUCAACUUCAUGUUUUGGAACAAGCCCGCGCGUCAAUACCUGGAUAUGUUUGAGGAGCUCGGGGUCGAGGGAUGGGAUUGGGACACAUUCCAUCGAUAUGUGAAGAAGACUGAAAAGUUCACGCCGCCGAGCUAUGACAUGGAAUUUCUGACAUACGACGCAGCGCACAUGGGCUCGUCGGGCCCCAUUGACGUCUCGUUUUCUCCAGCCCGGACUCACCUGGAGGAGCUGCUUAUGGACGCAUUCGCGCAGCACGGGAUUCCUCGUGUCACCGACACCGCGGCAGGGAUUACCACCGGCACUUCUGUGAGCCCCGCAAUCCUCAAUCCUCAGACCUUCCACCGGUCCUACUCGGCGAAUGCUUACUAUCAACCCAACGCUCAUCGCCAAAAUCUGACCGUGCUCGUAACUGCUCAUGUGACUGGCAUCGCGAGCCGUCGCAAUGACGAUGGCACCGUCACGGCUACCGGUGUCGCCUUCGUGUACGGAGACAGUGUGCACGAGGCGAAGGCCUCAAACGAGGUUCUCCUCGCGGCCGGGGCUGUGAUUUCUCCUCAGAUCCUUGAGUUGUCUGGAAUCGGUAGACGGGACGUGCUCGAAGAAGCAGGUGUCGAAGUCAAGGUCGACUUGCCUGGUGUGGGGGAGAACAUCCAAGAGCACCUAUGGUUUGGCCUCGUUUGUCAGGUGAAGGAGCAAGAAGUCAACGGCCACGAGAUCGAAACAUGCGACCCACUCUUCUUCCCCGAGCUCGCUGCUGAACAUCACAGACUCCGCCCGGAAGGCAAGGGUGCACUGAAUCUGCGCACAGUCAACCUCACGUUCGUCCCGUUGCAGUCCAUAUGUCCGGACGCGGAUGAGAUGCAGAGCACCCUCUCGAGCACGAUCCUGGCUGGGGUGACAGAGAAUAAGUAUCCUCCAGGUCUCCGCAAGCAGUACGAGUUGCAGCUCAAGCAUCUCAAGAAUCAACUUCCGAGCAUGGAGAUCAUGCUCUUACCAACACCUAUUGUUCCAGUUCCUACCAUACAUCCCGAGAGGAAGCAUAUCUCACUCUGCUUUGGAAUGAACAGCCCUUUCUCGCGCGGCACAAUUCAUAUCGCGUCCAAGGACCCCAUGGAGCACCCGACGAUCGACCCCCACAUCUUUGAGGAGCCCUACGAUCUGCAGACUAUGGUCGAGUCCGUCAAGUUCAAUAGGAAGCUGAUACAGACCGAGCCAUUCAAGAGUGUCAUACGUGAGGAGGUGUAUCCGGGAAAGGACGUCCAAACCGAUGAGCAGAUUUCUGAGUGGCUCCGCGACAAUGUCAGAACUACCUACCAUACGACGAGUUCGUGCUCGAUGCUUCCCAAGGAAGACGGCGGAGUAGUGGACUCACGUUUGAAGGUCUAUGGAACAACGAACAUACGUGUCGUUGAUUUGUCCGUGGUGCCUGUGCAGAUUGGCAGUCACACUCAAGCCAUGGUAUAUGCCAUUGCGGAGCAAGCGGCCGACAUUAUUAAGGGUGCAAUAUAGGCGGGAGGCCAUACUGUGGCAGUGGAGGCAGAGCAUACUCGUGUUUUGCCUUGCUCAGAUUGCCGUGUUGCUCGUCCUAAAUCACAGUGUACGUACAGAAAUGACAUGCAGAACGAAAUGUGCUGGUACAGAGAAUCCAUAAUAUUAUUGAGCCGUGUCGUUUCAUUCCAAACGACAAGCGGUGUUCGCGCGGUGUA